AUGACAACAAGUUCAAUUAGUGUAAAAGAUAAAAUAGCACAAUUUGAAUUGCUUAAAAAAGUUGAGGAAAGUGAAGAUACUGUUGAUGGAGCAAAAAGAAGAUUUGGGUGGUAUCCACAACCGAAAAAAACUCCAGAUAAGGAAAAAUCAGAGGAAAGAAAAAGUCCUCGAGACGAGCAAAGACAACCAUCUCCAGUUGGCAGCGAUGUCCCCGGUGCAAAUAAAUCAAAAAUUCCUCGAAUAACUUCCCCAACUCGUUUAACACCUUCACCUACAGUUUCCCCUCGAAAACAAGAAGAAAAAUUUCAAGAAAUUGAAAACAAUUUUUUAUUAGAAAAAUUUGAAGAAAAAGGAGAAGCAAAUUGUUUAAGAAAAGAAUAUAUAAAAAUUGAAGAAUAUUUAUUUUAUGAAAUUAAUGAACCCUUAAUUGAAGAAGAAGAAGAACAUUUUAUACAAAAACCACAAGUUUUUCAUUCAAUUGUUACUGAUGAACCAUCACAUGUGGAAGCUUUUGGGGAAAUUGAAAGGAGAAAAAGAGAUGUUGAAAAGACUGAUUUAGAUUUCACUCACACCUCAAAUGAAGAUGGAGACGAUCACUUUGAAGAUCAAACAGAAAAAGAAGAAUCGUAUAAAGAUGAGAUAUAUGAAAAAGAAAUCCCUCAAGAAACAGAAAAGUUAGUUAAGGAUGAAGAAAUUAUAGAAGGUGAGUAUGGAAAAGAAGAAUAUUUAAUUGAGAAUGAAGAAAGGGAGGAAAAGAGAAAAUUGGAAGAAUUGAAACAAGAAAAAGUUGAAGAAGAAGAAGAAGAAGACUUUGAAUUUGUUCAAAUGCCGAAGGAGGAAGAUGAAUUUGUAAAAAUGGAAAGUGAAAAAGAAGAAAUUGAGGAAAAGAAGGAGGAAAAUAAAGAAAUAUUUGUAAUGAGCGAACCUCUACAAAAAUCUGAACAAAUUCAAUCAACUGUGUGGCUUGAUAAAGUGCCUGUUGAAAGUUUUAUUAAUGAAAAAGAGGUUUUAGAAGAAAGAAAAGCACUAUUAUGGCCAGAAGAAGAAAAGGAAAAAUUAAAAGAAACAGAAACUUUAAUUGAAGAAAAACCUUGGUGGAAGACAACAAAAACAGAAAAAGAAAUUUUAAUUUCAGAAGAAGAAAAAUUAAAAGAAGAAAAUAAACCAGAAAUGUUAGAAAAUCAACAAAAAAUAUUUGUUGAAGAAAAAGAGAAAUUAAUUGAAGAUGAAAAGGAUGAGGAAGAAACAGAUGAACAAUCUAGCACUCAUACAGUGAUACAUAGACCAGAAGUGCUUAUAGAAGAAGCUGUGGAUAUUACACCUUUAAUGGAUCGAGCAUUUUCACUACAAGGGGAAGAGGGUUGUCAAACACCCACAAUGAGUGCAGCUCGAUGGAAAAGUUUGGACGAACGUCAUUCCCCUUCUUCACUUAGUUCACCAGUCCAUUCUUAUCCUUCCCCUUCGCCUAUAAUUGAAAUUACGCCUCCACCAAUUGAAGAUGAGGAAAAAUGGGAAAGGCGACAAAUGAGGGAUAAUGAAGAAGAGAGAGGUAUCUUGAUAAAAGAGGAGGAAGAGAGGAACGAAUUUAAUGAAAAUGAUAGGAAUGAAGAAGAUGGGCAGAAAAAAUUAAUGGAAGAGGAAUAUGAGAAGAAAGUUGUGGAAGAGGAGUAUGAACAGAAAAGAUUAAUGAAGGAACAAGAGGAAGAAUUGCAGAGAUUAGUAGAGGAUGAAGAUGAGAGAGAUAAAUUUAAGGAGGAAGGAGAUAAGGAAGAUCGAUUAAUUGAGGAAGAACAAGAAGAUACGAAUAAGAAAUUUGUUGAAGAAGAAAAGGUUGAGGAUGAACAGAAAUUAAUAAAAGAAGAAGAGAAGAAUUUUAUAGAAGAGAAAGAGGGUGUGCGGAAAGAGUCUAUAGAAGAAAAUGAUAAACAUGAAAAUUUUAAUAAAGAAGAUGAUGAGAAAAAUGAAUACGGUGAAGAUGAGGAUUUCGGAAAGGAAAAAUUGAUGGCAGAAGAGUAUGAGAAGAAACCGCUGACAGAUGAAAAUGAGGAUGGUGGACUGGAGACUUUUAUCGAAAAAGGUAACGUAGAGAAGGAAUAUAUAGACGAUAAGCAGAAAAUAUUUAUUGAAAAGGAUAGGAAGGAAGUAGUUAAUGAAGAGGUAGAGGAUGAGAAGAAGAGAUUAGUAGAGGAAGAGAGGAAAGAAUUAUCAGAAGAAAAACAAGAGCAUAUGAAAAAUGAAUCUAUCCAGGAAGAGAAAGAGAAGAAUGAAUUUAUCGAAGAGAAGGAUAAGGGAGAAUUUACCGAUGAAAAUGAAGAUAAGAAGGAAUAUAUAAUAGAAGAGGAUGUGGGGGAAAGAUAUACGGAAGAAAACGAGGAGAAAAAUGAACGUGCAGAAGAAAAGGAAGAUAGGAUGAUAUUUUUGGAAGAAGAAAAGGAAUAUAUAGAAGAGGAGGAUGAUGAGAAAAAAUCGUCAGAAGAAGAGGAAGUGGAGAAAGAAUAUAUGCAAGAACAAGAGGAAAGUACGUUAAUGGAAACAAAAAAAGAGUAUAGUGAAGAAGAGGAUGCUGGAAGAAAAUUUAAUGAGGAAGAGGAGGAAAGGAAAGAACAUAUAGAAAAGCAAGAUGAAAAGAAUAUAUUAUUGGAAGAAGAGAAUGAAUAUUUAAAAGAUGUGGCUGAAGAAAAGAAAUUUACGGAAGAAGUGGAAAAGAUAAAGGAUUUUACUGAAGAAGAGGAUGAGAAGAAAUUACUCGAAGAAGAGAAGAAGGAUCUUAGUGAAGAAAGGUAUGAAAAGGAUUUAAUAGAAAAAGAAUUAGAGGACGACCAGAAAGAAUUUUUGAAAGAAGUGGAAAAGAUAAAAGAAGAUGAGCGGAUUAAAUGUAUGCAAGAAGAGCAAGAAAAGAAAGAAUUUAGGAAGGAAAAGGAUGAAGAGAGAAUAUCUUUAGAAAAGGAGAAAGAGUAUAUUGAGGAAAAGAAUGAUGAAAUAAAAUUUAAAGAACAAGAGGAGGAAAUAAAAGAUUAUAUAGAAAAACAUGAAGAAAAGGAGGAAACAUUUUUAGGUGAAGAAAAGGAAUAUAUAGAAGAAGGGGAUGAAGGAAGGAAAUUGACGGAGAAAGACGCAGAGAAGAAUGAACAUAUACCAGAAGAAUAUGAAGGCGAAAGGAAGACAUCUUUGGGUGAAGAGAAAGAAUAUUUAAAAAUGGAUGAGGAGGAGAAAUUGAUGGAGGGAGAGCCUGGAAAGAAAGAACAUAUAGCAGAACAAGAGGAUAAAAGGAAGACACCUUUGGAUGAAGAAAAAGAAUAUUUAAAAGAAGAGGGGGAGAAAUUUAUGGAGGGAGAGCUCGAGAAUAUUGAACAUAUAGAAGAACAAAAGGAAGAUCAGAAGAUAUUUUUAGAAGAUGAAAAGAAAUAUAUAGAAGAUGUUGAGAAAAAGAAAUUACCGGAGGAAGAGGAAGAAAAGAAAGAAUAUAUAGAAAUCCAGAAGGAAGAGGAUAACUUAACGGAUGAAGAUAGGAAGGAAUAUAUUACGGUAGAAGAGGAUGAGAAAAAGGAACCAACAGGCGAAAAAGUAGACGAUGAUCAAGAGAGCUAUAUUGAAGAAGAUGAUGCUGGAAGGAUGUCUACGGAAAAGGAGGAAGGAAGGAAAGAAUAUAUAGAAAAAGAGGAGGAGAAGAAUUUUUUGGGUGAAGACGUGAAAGAAUAUAUUGAAGAAAAGGAGGAAUUAACAGACGAAAAAGUAGAUGAUGUUCAGAAAGAAUAUAAGGAGGAAGAAGGAGAAAAAGGAUGUGUUGAAAAAGAAGAUACUCAAGGGAAGCUUACGGAUAACGUGGAUGAGAAAAGGGAAUUUAUAGUAGAAGAACAUGAGAAUGAAAGUAGAAAAUUUGUUGAAGAAGAAAAAUUAGAUGAUGAGUAUAAGAAAUACAUGAGUGAAAAGCAUGAUAUGAGUGAUUUGACAGUUGAAAAGGUAGAUGAUGGUAGAGAAAAAUUUAUGGAAGAGGAUGAACAAAGCAAAUUAACGGAAGAACAAGAGGAUGAGCUACAGAGAUCUAUGGGAGAAGAGGAUGAUCAUAGGAGAUUUAUGGAAGUACAUGAAGAGAAGAAAGAAUAUAUAGAAGAGGAUGAGAAAAGGCAAUUAAUGGAUGAGGAGAGAGAUCAAGAGGAGAGACUUAAAGAGGAUAGAGGUCCUAAGGAAUUUGUUGAUGAGGAAAAGAAAGAGGAAGAAAGAAAGAAAUUUACAGAAAAUGAGGAAGAAAUGUCGAAAUUUACUGAAGAAUCUGAUGAACAGAAGAAAUUUCCUCAAGAUGUUGCUGAACAGAUGAACUUUUCAGACGAAAGGAAUGAGGAGUUAAUGAAAGAAAAAGAGGGAGAGUUUCAAGGAUUAGAAGAAGAUGAUACGCAGAUGAAUCUUAGCGAGGAAGGGGGUGAAUCGAAAGUAUUUAUUGAAGAAGGAAUUGAUGAAAAGAAAGAAUUUAUGGAAAAUGAGGAAGAUGAUAAAUUUACCAAAGUGGAUGAUAGGAAAUUAAUAACAGAAGAACAUGAGGAUGAAAAGGAAUUUAUAGAAGAAAAGGGUACGAAGGAAGAAUUAAUAUUAGUAAAGGAUGAGCCGAAGGAAUUUGUUUACGAGGAUGAAAAUGAUAAAUUUUUGAAAGAAGAUGAACAAAACAAAUUUAUCAAAGAAGAUUACGCUCAAAAUAAAUUAAUUAAAGAACAUGAAGAUGAACCGAAGAGGUUAUCGGUAGAUAAAGAAGAGAAAAAUGAAUUUAUGGAGGAAGAUGAACGAAAGGAAAUUAUGAAAACUGAUGAGUUAGAAAAAGAACAUUUAUUUGAAAAAGAAGUUGCUAAACAAGCGGGUGAACUCGUUGAUAAUGCUAUUAAACGAGCACUUGAGGACAGUAUGAUACUUCAACGUGAUACAUAUCUUGAGGAGGCUAAAAAGGUUCCUGGCCAUAGAGAAGAGGAGGAGAUGAAGAAAUUUACUGAAGAAGUUGAUGAACAAAUGAAAUUUACAGACGAAAGAAAUGAGGAGUUAGUGAAAGAACAAGAUGAAGAGCUGCAGAGGUUGGAAGAAGAGGCUAAACGUAAAAAUUUUAUCGAGGAAGGAACAAAAUUGACAGAUGAUAAAUUAGAGGACGAAGACAUCAAAGACGAACAAAUUCUUGUAAAUAUUUCCGAAUCUAGAAAAUCCUCUGAAUCAGAAGAGGAGGACGAAGAAAUAUCCUUACUGACAACAGAGGAGAAAGAAGAAAAUGAAGGAGAAGCCAAUAAUUCUCCCGAAUUAGUAUACGGCGAUGGUGAUGAGGAAUUAAGUGGAGAAAAUAGUCAACAAAGCCCUUCAGAAUUGUAUAAAGCUGGGGAAGGAGAAGAGGGAAGAAGAGACCAUCAUCAUUCUUUAUUACCUUCCUCUUCACUUCUUUUACCUUCAGGAAUACCGAGAAGACCAAAGUCUCCACUUCCACCUCCAAUUGCUGCAACACCACCACAGACAGGAAAAGUGGAGAAUAUUGAAAAGGAUGAAGAAAAAAGGGAGGAAGUGGAGGAAGAAGUAGAAAUUGAAGAGAUUAAGCGAGAGGAAGAAGAGGAGGAAUCUAUGCUCUUAAGCGAUGUUAAAAUGCCAGUUGAUAAUUUACUCGUGUUUUCUACACAUAAAGAUGGUGAUGAGGAUGAAGAGCAUUAUUUUGGACCCACAAUUUCAGAGGAACGUGAUACUCUUGGUCCCGACUUGAUGAUUGUACAUUCAAAAAGCUUGGAGGAAGUAAAAUCUCAUGGAAAAGAUAUAAUUGACGAUCCAUGGCUUUCCUCUUUUAUUAAAGAACAAAAAGAGAGAGAGGAUUGGGGACAGAAAAAAGAGGUGCAAAUUGAAGAAACUGAAGGAGAAGAAGAGCCAUUAGAAGAACCUCAACAUCAAAUUGGAGGCUCUCUUGAUACCUCACCAUCAGAAAAAAGACGUAGACGAAGUUCUGCUGCUUCUGUUCAUGGUUCUACAAAUGGAAGUUUAUCUGAAUUUGAAAGAAUUGAACAAGAAAUAAUUGAAGGAGGAGGAAGUGCAAAGAAUCUAAAUUCAAGUCCGCAACAUUCUCCUGAAGCUGGGGAAGGAAAAAGAAGAAAAUCGGCCGGGAAACAGCAACAUCAAUCACCAACGAGAGAGGGAGGUGUUGGUGCUGCUCAUAGAGGAUCUGCCGAUUCACUCAAUGAAUUUGAACAAUUGGAAAGAGAAAUACACGAAGCUGUUGCUUCUGAAGAUAUAAUGAUGUUAAGCGAUAUUAGAGAAGAUGAAGAAGGUGAAGAAGUAGAAGGUUAUGAAUUAAGUGGAGAAGAAAUUGAAGAAGAAGAGGAGGAGGAAAAUGAUGGAAGGGAUUAUUUAGGGAAGGAAUUAAAAAAAGAGAAUAAUAAUAAUGAAGUAAUGAUGAUUAGUUCUGGUUAUGAUUCUAGUGGACAAACACAACAAAUUGAAUUAAUUGCUCAACAACAAUCUCCUAAAUCUGAAAAAAUAUCACAAAUAUCAUCAAUAGAAAAAUCGUCAGAAAAUCUAACAGAAACCCCACUUCCCCCAAAACAAAUACCAGAAAAGUCUGAAAAAGAAGAAAAACAAGAAGAGGAAGAAGAUAAAAUAAUUACAAAUAUUUCUCCAAAACCAAAAAUAAUAUCAGAACAACAAAAACCAGAAUUUAAAGGAGAAACAGAAAAUUUAUUUAAACAACAAAAAGAAAUAAUUAAAAAACAAAAUAUUCCUUCAACUUCUGAAAAGAAAGAAGAUUUUGUUUUUGGCGGGGGAGGUGGAGGAGAAAUAAUAGUUCCGAGUGGGGGAAGUUUAGAUAAAGAAGAAGAGGAUGAUGAUAAUUCUGAAAAAACAAUUUUUGAAACUGUUAGUGUAAAUUCGACUGAUGGAAGUGAAGAAAAGAUUGUUAGAACAGCAAUAACCAGAGUUCGUGACCCAAUUUAUAGCCGUGUCCGUUUUGCAGGGACCGAGGAUGAGCAACAAAUAAAAGCAAUUUUAGAAAGUGGGAGGACAGAUGAAUUUGAAUUGAGAGAUCCAGAAGGAAAUAUAACACGUUUAAGGACUGUUGUUGAAAGGGGGAGUACUAGUAGUAGUACUUGA